UGGCGGCGGCGGCUGGGCGCGCGUGGCCCAGCCGGUCCCCGCCUCCAGGCACGCGGGGCUCCCGGGUGUCUCAGCCAUGUGCUCGUUAGCGUCGUGCGCUGUCGGCGGCCGGGGCGCUGUGGAGGAGGCCGAGGACCUGCCAGAACUGUCGGACAGCGGUGACGAGGCCGCCUGGGAGGAUGAGGACGAGGCCGAGCUCCCCCACGACAAGCAGCAGACCCCCUGCCUGUUCUGUGACAGGUUGUUCACAUCAGCUGAAGAGACAUUUUCACACUGUAAGUCUGAGCAUCACUUUAGUAUUGACAGCAUGGUCCAUAAACAUGGACUUGAAUUUUAUGGAUACAUUAAGCUAAUAAAUUUUAUAAGACUUAAGAACCCUACAGUUGAGUACAUGAAUUCCAUAUACAACCCAGUGCCUUGGGAAAAAGAAGAUUAUUUGAAGCCAGUAUUGGAAGAUGACCUUUUACUUCAAUUUGAUGUAGAAGAUCUUUAUGAACCAGUGUCAGUCCCAUUCUCAUAUCCCAAUGGACUCAGUGACAACACAUCUGUUGUUGAAAAAUUGAAACAAAUGGAAGCCAGGGCCCUGUCUGCUGAAGCUGCAUUUGCUAGAGCACGUGAGGAUCUGCAGAGAAUGAAACAAUUUGCUCAGGAUUUUGUGAUGAACACAGAUGUCAGAACCUGCUCGUCAUCUACUACCAUUGCAGACCUCCAGGAGGAUGAGGAUGGUGUUUAUUUCAGCUCAUACGGGCAUUAUGGGAUACAUGAAGAAAUGCUAAAGGAUAAAGUACGAACAGAAAGCUACAGAGAUUUUAUAUACCAAAAUACACAUAUCUUCAAAGACAAGGUGGUUUUGGAUGUUGGAUGUGGAACUGGAAUUCUCUCUAUGUUUGCUGCUAAAGCUGGGGCAAAGAAGGUUCUUGGAGUUGAUCAAUCAGAAAUACUGUACCAGGCAAUGGAUAUAAUAAGACUAAACAAACUUGAAGAUACUAUUAUACUAAUUAAAGGAAAGAUUGAAGAAGUUCGUCUUCCAGUAGAAAAAGUGGAUGUUAUUAUUUCUGAGUGGAUGGGCUAUUUUCUUCUUUUUGAGUCUAUGUUGGAUUCUGUCCUUUAUGCAAAGAACAAAUACUUGGCAAAAGGAGGAUCAGUCUACCCUGACAUUUGCACGAUCAGCCUGGUAGCAGUGAGUGAUGUGAAUAAACAUGCUGAUAGAAUUGCUUUCUGGGAUGAUGUCUAUGGCUUCAACAUGUCCUGCAUGAAGAAAUCAGUCAUUCCAGAAGCUGUUGUGGAGGUUUUAGAUCCAAAGACUCUUAUCUCAGACCCUUGUGGUAUUAAGCACAUAGAUUGCCAUACAACUUCUAUCUCAGAUUUGGAGUUUGCUUCAGAUUUUACCCUGAAAAUUAUGAAGACAUCCAUUUGCACGGCAAUUGCUGGCUACUUUGAUAUCUAUUUUGAAAAGAAUUGCCACAACAAAGUCAUGUUCUCUACGGGCCCCCAGAGUACCAAAACACAUUGGAAACAAACGGUAUUUCUACUGGAAAAGCCAUUUUCAGUGAAGGCAGGUGAAGCCUUGAAUGGAAGAAUUACAGUUCACAAGAAUAAGAAAGAUCCACGUUCUCUCAUUGUGACCCUUGCAUUGAAUAAUUCAACUCAGACUUACAGUCUUCAGUGAAAAACACAGCUACAUUACAGUUUUUCACAUGGGGAGCGUGUGGGCCAGUGGGUGGGCCCCGGGCUCAGCUGAGGGAGGUGACCAGCUAAUCCUGCUGGGCCACCUCGGUCGUUAUAUCCUCAGAUGUCUGCUCAGCUAGAUUUAAGCAACCGUAACCUUCACAGUAUGUUUAUCAGUAUUGAACAUUUCAGUUGGCCUAUAUUUGAAACAGAUAAAGGCUUUUGUUUUUACUGUGUUUCUUACUAUAAAUUUUAAUCAGUAAUAAUUGGUUAUUUGGAUAUCUUAUUAAACUAAUAACACAAGGUAAUGUACAUUUUAUUGCAGAUUUCCUGAGUGCUAGAAUGUCAGAAGACAAGAGACGAGCAAGUAUAGGGACUAGAAUACAGACAAGAGCAUCAGCCUUCUCACCCCAACCAUAUUUGAAGACAGCGUAGUUGCUCACCCCCGUAGCAUACCUCUACUUCUCAUUUUGUAUUCCUUCCCUCUUUGUGCAUAUGCUUUAGCCAGAUAUUUCUAGUAUUGCCCAGGAAAUCUAAUUUCAAUAUGUGUCCUCAGUUUCAUAAGAAUUUUUAAAGGGGAUAAAUGUGUACUUGUUUACUAAUACAUUGCCUUUUUCAAACUAAAUUUAUGUGCAGAGAUAAACAUGUAAGUGUUAAUAUACUCAAUAAAAAUGUUAUUUGCAAGUAUUGAUUUAAUUUGAAAU